CAUGCAGGCCUUCCCGCAUAAAGCUGGUAAGGAGAGGGUGUUUUAUCAUUUAAGCUUCCGAAAAAGGGGAAAAAGUGGAGAUAUGUCCCACCUUUUUUAUGUAAAGACUAAAGAGAAAGAAUUCCUCGAGCAUCUGUUUUAUCUUAUCCGUGUGCAGUGUCGUCGUGAUGAAAAACUUUUUACAGCAGAAGCGAAGAGAAAGAAGGAGAAAAGUUGGGCUCGAAAGAGAUUCUGAGCGAAGUAAAGAAGCAAAACAGAACGUGUCAUCACUCUUCAGUUUCCACCAACUUUCUCUGCAAAGAAUGCUACUCAGUCCUACUCGAAGUCUCAAACUCAGGUAUCUUGACGAGGAGAACGAUGGUUUAGAUGUUCCAGUUCAGGAAUCAAAGCGAUGUCAUACACUAUCAACUGUCGUGAGAGAGGUGAUGAAAGGAUUAUCCAUGCAAGAGUUCUUAGCAAAGUUGGAACCUUUUCUGAGGAAUGUGGUGCGAGAGGAGGUGGAACGUGUAAUUUUACCCUAUAUCCAAUCAUCUCCCAGACCUGCCGUUAACCAGAUUGAGGAAUCUGGAUCCAGAGGCUGGCAGUUGCAUUUUAUUGGUAGGUUGCCCCAUACGUUUUUCACAAACAGCAGAAUAGAAGCAGAGAAUGGUACACCCAUUCAAAUAGUUAUUCUCGAUGCUAGUUCCAAGAAUGUUAUCACAUCCGGCCCUUUAUCAUCAGUAAAAGUGGAUAUUAUCGUCCUUGAUGGUGAUUUUGGCGAACAAGACGAUUGGACUGCAGAGCAAUUUCAUGCAAGUGUCAUAUGUGAAAGAGAAGGUAAACGGCCAUUGCUGUCGGGGAAUCUAGUAGUUACACUGAGAGGAGGUGUAGGUUCUCUUGGUGACGUUGCUUUUACAGAUAACUCCAGUUGGAUACGAAGUCGAAAAUUUAGAUUAGGAGCUAGAGCUAUCCGAAGUUUCAGUUCUGAAGAAAGAAUUAGAGAAGCAAGAAGUGAAGCUUUUAUUGUAAAAGAUCACCGCGGAGAAUUGUAUAAGAAGCACUACCCUCCAUCCUUUGGUGAUGAAGUAUGGCGUCUGGAAAAGAUUGGAAAAGAUGGUUCCUUUCAUAAUCGGCUCACUUCUAAUGGAAUCAGAACGGUGCAGGAUUUUCUGCGGUAUCUGAUAACUGACCAAUCCUCUCUGCGCAGUAUCUUUGGCAAUGGGAUGUCAAACAAGACCUGGGAUACAAUUGUUGAUCAUGCAAAAACUUGUGUUUUAGAUAAUAAGCUGUAUGUGUAUUACGAUGCUGGGAGACGGGUUGGUCUUCUGUUCAAUUCCAUUUACAAGGUUGUUGGGGUAAUACUUGAUGGCCACAGCUAUCAGCCACUGGAAAACCUCACCACAUCUCAGACGAUUUUUGUGGAGCAUUUGAAGCAGCAUGCUUACAAAAACUUGAAGGAGAUGAUUGAGAUUGAUGGACCUUUAAAUGAUGGAAAUUUGAGGCAAUUGCCUGGGCCACAAGCUUCCUCCUUGCAAGGAUCAAGCCAGACUAUGCAGCAUCCUGACUUCCCACUCAUUCUUCAAGAGCAACUCCCAACACAACCAGGCUUCAAUCAUUUGACGAACAUAUCAGCAUCUAUUAUGGAAGGUCAAGGUGAAUUGGAAGAAGCUGCUGUUACUCAAGGUUGUCAUUCAGUGCAAGUAUGCACUCCAGUCCAAAGGAACAGCUUUAACAUGAAGGAUUCUUUCAUUGGACCUUAUGUGAAGGAUGGAAACGAGUGGGGUCAAGGCGGGCCAUUUGUCCCUGCUGUCUCUUCUGGACAUCUAGCCGGUGAUGAUGUUUCUCAGGUUCAAUGGCAGGGUUUAUUUCCAGUUGACACAUCAUGGAGACAGGGGAGUGGAUUGUUUGUGGGCUCAAGUGAUGAAGCAAAUGCGGGUUUACUUUCUUCGCUGCCUGAUUUAAGUGUACAUAUUCCUAGGAGUUGUAGGCCGAACAUGGGGUGGUGUAAGCUUAGGGCAGCUAUUAAGUGGGGAAUAUCAGUUCGGAGGGAUGUUGCUGCUAGGAGGGCAAGACUUCAACAGUUUUAUCACUAUCAUUAACCACAAGUGAUCAUCUCAAAAUUUAGUCGGUAAGGUCUAACUCUAAAAACUAUGUAGUCACAGAUUUUUCUUUUCUUAUGGUGCUGCUGUACUGAGUCGAGAGUGAAAUUUCUUGUAAAAUGUAUAUAGUUAAUAAAUAAUGGACCUUCCAAU